CGCACGAUAAAAAAAAAUCCCUGCUUUUUCCGGGCCUUUUUUUAAUCCCCACUCUUCCGCUCCUCGGCGCCGGCCGCGCGGGCGAAACCAACGGCGCCACCGAAACCGGCGAACCGCCUCCUCCUCUCCUCUCCUCUCCCCGGCCCCCGCCCGCCUCGCCGCCUCCCUCUCUCCUCCGCGUAGGCCGUGCCGUGCUCGCGUCCCUUUCGCCGCUCGCCCCCGACUCGUUCCCGCUCCCGCUUCCCGCCGCUUCUGCCGCCGACUCAGCCGGGCGCGCCGUUUCGGGGGUGCGGCAACCCGCGCCUUUCGGGGCCCUCCGCGGGUCCCGUUCGCGCCCCGGCCCCUCUCGUCGUGGAGCGCGAGUCCUGUUGCGGGGAGCGGGCGCCCGUGUUCCCGCGCGUUCCGGAGGUGGGGGCUGAGGGGUGGGGAGAGGCCCCCGGCGGCCCGUCCAUGGCGGAGAGGCGGCCGAUCUGCAGGGAGCCCGGCAAGCCCCGGAGGCCGCCGCGCUCUCACGGCGGUGGGGGAAAUUUCUCAGUUCCACUGUGGGAGAAGAAAUUUUGCACUGAUGCAUGUGCCAUCCCCUGGGGUAAACUGUGUGAGACCAAGAGAUUGAUGUCUCUGUACAAAAAUGUUGUGGAUUGGGAAGACUCAGCUGCAUUAGAAGCCUUCAAUGAUGCAAAGGCGCGCUUCUGUGCUGUAUAUCAUGGUCAACAUUGUGAUAUCCCUUUGCCUGACCCAGACAUGUAUAUUGAUAUAGUUAACCCAGAUGAACAUGUUGAUCCUGAAUUGGUGGCUGAUCUGGAGAAGUCGCGCCGUCGUGUGCCCAGAAAAGAUAACGGUAUUCCUGAUGUCUGGGACUCCUUUAUUUUCUCAGACAAGCCAGUUCCGGUUACAGGAUGGGGUGACACGGAGACAAGCAAUACUGCUGGCCAGCAACAUUCUGUAAACUGGGACAGUCAUUAUGAACAGCCUGAGGAAGCAAAUUGUAAGCAAAUCUCGGGAAAUUGGGACUCUUAUGUUGAGCAGCCCGCUCAAACAUUUCUUCAGCAAAGCACCGGCAAUUGGGAUGUGUAUGAGGAACAGCAAGAUCAAACCAGCAGCUGGAGGGAGCAGACCAAUCCCUGCAUCGCCAACUGGAACAUGAGAGAGGACUCCCAGGAUACAUGGAAACACGGCUGGGGUUCUGCAGCCACUCAGACCGAUCCAUGGGACAACCAUCAAGACAGCUAUGGUGUACCUGACAGCCAGGGUGUGUCAUAUGGACACUGGACUCACUGGAGAAGGCGGAAUAAUGAGUCAGGCAGAAGGACCAGCAAGAAUAGAGAUAGAGGAGGGCCCAUCAGUGCUAAGCCAAUGAAAUCAAAGUACCAGGCGGAUGAGCACAGUGGUGUGAAUAAUAGCUGGAGGCACUGCCGAGUAAGAAAUGACAUGCAUUAUUACUCCUAUGAGCAAGCUGGUUAUGCUAAGCAGUCACUAGCUAUGUAAUUAAGAAGCUACUGUGGGCUGUAGCUGUUGAGAGAAGAUACACUGAUUUCCUCUCUGCCGGGCACUUCUGUCUUUGGAGGUGUCAUUUGUUUUGCACCAGCAGUAGUAAUUGUGGUCAUCUUUGGAUAAGGUAGAGUAGAGAUAGCAGAUCAUCCUGUAGGUUACGUCCCCUCCUUGAAGCUGCCGUAGAUAGUACUGACUACGAGCCUAGUGACAAUUUUGUCGAGCCAUUCAUUGGCGUCCGUCGUGUGUGUAUAUGUCGACUGUCGAGCUCCCUAGCUUAUGUUUACUAGCUGUAUUGCAGCUUCAGCGUUACUGUAAUAAGAAAUGAGGAUGGUUCCUGUUUAAUUUAUGUCUUCCGAGGAGGUAUGAACAAAUGUCUUGACUGAUUUGUAAGCCGGGAUGCUCUGUUCCUAAUGGCAGGAAUAAAAGCUUAAUAUCCUGUCAUGCGCUA